ACUCAACUUCGUUCCAUUUCAAACAUGGCCGUCAACUACGAAGUUACCAAGGGGGGUGACUAGUUUUCGCGUAUUAUUUUAACAUUUUUAUGGCAUAUAUUUAACAUUUUAAGUGUUUAUGGAACAAGGAAAAGACAACAAAUGUUAUUGAGAUAUUUAAGCAUAAUAAGACUUGUUUGAUUGUGCUGUAAGCACCAACAUUUUUACCAUCCGUGUGUAUUCGGAGAACGAAUCGUCAUAUUUUGAGAUCCCGAGCAGGUGACUACGUUUCGAUGUAUUCUAUACAGAAUAUGGCCGAUGAGAAUGAUAUCAUUGGAAGUGCAUCAGAAUUCAUAAAAGAUCGAUUGUAUUUUGCAACUCUUAGAUCAAAACCAAGAUCAACAGCACAUACACACUACUUUUGUGUGGAUGAUGAACUUGUAUAUGAAAACUUUUAUGCAGACUUUGGACCAUUGAAUUUGGCAUUGCUGUACAGAUAUUGCUGCAAACUCAAUAAAAAGUUAAAGGCUCAUUGUGGUUUAAGUUUGACCAACUGUGAUAUCGGUACCGACAACUCUGGAAAUGACAUUGAUAAUAUUAUCACAGAUUCUUUCUCCCUUGCCAAGAAGAGAAUUAUACACUACACAAGUUUUGAUGCCAGAAAAAGAGCAAAUGCAGCGUUCCUAAUAUCCUCGUAUGCGAUAAUCUAUCUCAAGAAAACGCCAGAGGAAGCGUACAGGCCUUUAGUAGCGGGCUCUAACCCACCAUUUCUACCUUUCAGGGACGCCUCCUUUGGAGCAUGUACAUACAACCUAACGUUACUGGAUUGUUUACAUGGUAUUAGUAAGGCAUUAGCUAAUGGUUUCUUUAAUUUUGACACAUUUGAUGUGGAUGAAUAUGAACAUUACGAGAAAGUAGAAAAUGGAGACUUCAACUGGAUUGUGCCAAACAAAUUCUUGGCCUUUUGUGGGCCUCAUACCAAAACCAAGAUUGAAAAUGGCUACCCUCUCCAUGCACCAGAAGCAUACUUUCCUUACUUCAGAAAACACAAUGUCACAACGAUAGUGCGGCUAAACAAGAAAAUUUACGAUGCCAGAAGGUUCACUGAUGCUGGCUUUGACCACUACGACCUGUUCUUUAUAGAUGGCAGCACACCAAGUGAUAGUAUAAUGCGUCAGUUCUUAGAACUUAGUGAAAAUGCAGAUGGAGGCAUUGCAGUGCAUUGUAAAGCGGGUCUUGGUCGUACGGGUACUCUGAUUGCUUGUUAUAUGAUGAAACACUACAAGUUCACAGCAGCAGAGUCUAUAGCAUGGUGCAGGAUAUCACGGCCGGGCUCCGUCAUUGGGCCCCAACAGAACUUCUUAGAAGAAAAACAGGCUUGGUUGUGGAUGCAGGGAGAUCUAUUUAGAGCAAAGAUGAAGGAAAAUGAUCGGAAGCGAGACAGACAUCACAGUGUGUCCAAAAUACUUUCUGGUGUUGAUGACAUGAGGAUUCAGGAUGCCUUGGAAAAUGAGAAAUAUGCGUUUGAGGCAGAAUCUCAUCUUUAUUCUGGUCCCGUUACCAGAGGGAGUCUGAUUGAGACACAAGGAGAUAAACUAAACCAGAUGAAGCUUCUGCGGUCCAAACACGCUCGCUCUGCUACUACCGGCGCAGCAGGGCAUGACGACGUAAAGGGCCACAAACGAUCAACAACACAGCCGUUCCGCCCCAUAGGGUCAAAGAGUGCUCAUUCAGGCACUGCAAUGUCUCCUUUAAAGGCCUCAAAGGUCAGCACUGUUAGCAACAACCAUAGCAACUCAACAUCAUCAGUCAAACGGAACACACGCCAUGCGCCAGGCUCCUCCACUAGUGCCAAAAGAAAGUACCACUCCCACACCUAUAGCCUGAGGAAGGCCAUGGGCACAAGCAGUUCUUCAAGCAGAUAUGACAAUGAUUCCCAAGACUACUUUGAGAAUAGACUCAACAAGGAUUUUAAAAGCAACCUGUAUAAUACUUCGGGAGACCUGAGCUCAUGGCCGUACAAAUAUCAGUUACGUUCUUCUACAGUCGGUUCCUCAUACUCGCAGUACUAAGACCACCCUGAUACGAUGACAGAGCGGAGGGGCUGACAGGAAACUCGCAGAGGGAAGGGGCUGUGAUACCAAGUGAACUAUGCACAUGAAAAACAACAGCUCUUUUGUGACUUUAUAAAUAACAAGGAAAAGAAGAAUCCAAUGUGAUGAACAUAGCUUUUCCUCGUAUGCUUGAAAACUGCAGAAGUAUUUUAAUUAUUUAUGGAAAAUUCGGAGCCUAGGGGAAAUUUUAUGAAUUAUAAAGAAGUUUGAUUGCGAAGAAUAAUUCAGUACUUGUUGAUCAGAAAUAAUUAAUUGAGCUAGAAUUUUAAAUGAAAUGCAUAUUUAUUUAAAUAUUAGAGAAUUUAGUUCUUAGUCUUUCAUAACUAAAAAGAAAAAAUGUCAGCUAGAAAUGUCCUAUCUAGUACCCAUUUGUUUUGGGAGUAGAAAGUGUAUAUUACAGUUUGAAAAUAUUUAUUCAUGAAGUGAAAUGACAAAACCAAGUGAUUAUAAAACCAUUAGAAAUUCUCUAGUCAAUCCCAUGCUUUUGUUUGAAAAGUGUGUAUCCAUUUUUGUCCUGUGAUCACAUCUUUGGUCAGUUUCUUCAUAGCAGGAAAUGAACAUUCUGUGGGUAGAUUUUAAUCAAAUUUUAAAACAAGGAACAGAUUUUAUCAAUGUCUUCUUUUUAAUUGUCUUGAUAAAAUCAUUUUAACACAGCAUUAGACAACUCUUUGAUCUUUAGGCUUCUGGUUUGUUGAAUUGUUUUAUAUUUAUAUUUUAUGGUAUUGUUAUUUGAAUCGUCUUUUAAAUGUGUGAGUUUUUUUUUAACCAACACUAAAGGGUCAAUACUAUGAUAAGACUAGAUAACUAGACCGGCUCUGAAUGUGUUCUCGUCGCUGAUAUAACUGCAGCGUUUAUCACUUGAGUUUUUGUUCAGUGUCACAGUGCGCUAAUGAAAAACCUAGGAUGAGAAGCAGAAAAAUGUGUAACGUCAUUUAACCUGUCACUCACUGUUAUAAAUGGCCUGGAUUCUGUUACGUCAGUAAUGAUAUCAGAUUCUCAAUGUAUCCUGUAACAUCACAUUUGAUAGUUAUAUUCCAUAUCUAUUGGUGCAUAAGCACUAAUUAAACAUAGUGUGUAUCAAAAUGGUUUUUAAUCAUUUUUCUGCGUUUUCACUUUUGAUAUCAUGCCUCAUGUAUUGAUGUAUUGUCCGAGUCCUAUUUAGGGUAGUGUCAGUAGGAACAUAGCAGCUUCAUUAUUUAUUUCUGCAUGCUCAUUUAUCUCUAUACUCAUUGACUAUUUUAGAACAUUUUAGUUUUUAUCGCUCUUUACUUCCCAUCUUACUGCGCUUUUACUGUUGAUAAACUGUUAUCCAUUUCUGUGAUAAAGAUUUAAAUAUGAUGGACAGAAAUGUUUGUGUUUUUUUUGUUUUUUUUUGUUUUUUUGUUUUUGCAUGUUUUUAGCCAGUUUCAUUAGGGAAAAACAUUAUAUUUUACUUUCCAACCAAAUACAAUAAGAUAUUGUAUGAAUGAAAGAUUGGAUUGUUGUUGUAAUGUGUUGUUAAAUGUUCUGUUACCAAGGUAACAUUGAUGCCGGAGGAUUGAUUGGAAUCUUCUUUACUAUCCUCGGCAGUAUCACACCAACAUGGUAACACAUAUUUUAUUUUGGUUGAACUGUUGACAGUAUAACAAGAUUGUGUUUGUACAGUGUUAAUAGCGCCUUAUAGCAUUUAAACAACAAUAGUGUACUACCUGUGUCCACUACUCCCAUCAUAAUCUCUAUCAAAAACGUUUUGGCUGUUCACUUUAUCUUAUUUUUUAAACGUGUAAUAGUGUAAGGAAUUAAGUGGUGUAGGUAAGGAUACACGCGAGCCCUUUUUGGGUUAGGGGGCAGAGAAUUGGUAGUUGGUAACAUUGGUGAUCCUUGUUAACUUGUAAAUAACCAAUGUACAUGAGCUCCAGGUGUGAUAACAUUGAGUAGUGUUUUGUGUGUUCAUAUCAUCUGUUACUGUAGAAACCUCAGAUUUUUAUAAUCAACCUUGAUACUCACUUCACACCUAUAGCACACUGUGGACGGUUUCCAUACCAGUCAUUGUUAUCCAUUGUGAUGGAUCUCCAUCUGUGUUUUGAUUGACAUUUAAUGCACCACUGACAAUUCCAUAUCAAGUAUAACCUGUCAAAAUGUCCUCAUCAAAUAUAUUACUUAAUAUAAAACCUUUAUUUACUUACAAAUAAAAGGAAAUUAAAUAGAAACUUAUUGAAAAAAAAGCAUUAACACAAUGUAGUCAAUUUUGGGUAGAUUAAUCAAAAGUUACUUAACAUUCAUAUAUAGGUCAUGGUCAUGUCCUUCACUUGUUGUUAUCUUAAGGUCAAGGUCAUACCACAGUGCCUUUACUACACAUAUCCACUUCCAUGCUAAUUUGUUCAUCUUGUGCAGAAACAUAUAUUUGAUAAUAUUUAGAUAAAUGGAUAAUUAAAAGGGUCUGUAGAAAUGAGGGAGAUUUUGAAUACAUGUACUUCUGAAUUUAAAAAAAAAAGAAUAUCUGAGACAAAAUAUCCAUAUUUCAAAGAAAAAAUGUUUCAAAUUUUAUUGGCAGCUCAGCUGUACAUUUCAAAUAGUAAUUCUGACAAAUCAUUAUCAGUUCAGACUUAACGAUUUUCUGUAUACUGUAGUAUGACCCUGUAUAGCUAUAACUGUUAACCAAAUAAAUGUUUUUAAUUCUGUGCAAUUAACACAUGAUUAUCGUCCUGUAUUUACAUUCUACACCAAUUAUGUGUUGCCAUUGUUUGUUGUGUAUUCAUGCUGUGAACAAAUUCUUUGUGCUGGAGUAUCGCAAAAAUAUGUUUAGCAGUAUUUUAACCUGUUGAGAUGUGAUUUUAUCACACAAAAUAUGUUAUAAGAAAAAGAUGGAAAAAAAAUAACAAAAAAAAUUUAUAUAUAAUCAUACAAAGGCUAUUACUGUUGUUACUGUUUUCACCCAAAACCUGCACGAAGUUCAUAAUGUUAUUAUAUUUAAUCCUGUGAACACUGGGUGAUGAUAAGAAUGUGAUAACCGUUGUAAAUUGAGUCAGUGAUGAUAUUUUUGCUGUACAGUUGUAUAGAUCAGUUUCAAUGUGUAGUGAUAGUCACAUGAGUGUACAUAAUAAUGAACCAAUUGUAUAGUUGACAAUAUUUUUAUUACUCUAUUGUUUUAUAGAAUUAUAGAGAGAAUGAGAGAAGAGUGAAAUCACUCCUGGGAAAAAUAAAAUACAAUUUCCUUUA